AGGCGGGGCUUUUGGCGGAAGUGCGCUCUCCGCUGCUGCGGCAGGGAAAGAUGUCGCGUUUUGUGUGCUGGUGGCUGUUCUUCGGCCUGGGCAGCCUCCUGGCGCGGCAGGCGGAGGCCCCGAGCCCCGUGGAGCCGCCGGAGCGGAGUCGUCCGUACGCCGUGCUGCGUGGGCAGAACCUGGUGUUGAUGGGAACCAUUUUCAGCAUCCUGCUGGUGACCAUGAUCCUUAUGGCACUUUGUGUCUACAAGCCCAUUCGGCGUCGGUGACAGCCAAGCGAAGAAGUUCUUCCACGAGUAUUGGGGAAAAGAAUAAAUUGUGUUGCACAUGGGUCAUUGGAGAAGUUGGAAUCAGAGCUUUGCCACUUGGAAAUGACCUUCAGUCUGGACAGUUGAUAAAUGUGAAAUGAUUUAGAAAAAACAUCUGGCAGUUAUUUUUUCCUAAUGCUGUAAUGUAAAUAACAGAGUCUGCUUUUGGUGUUUCUUUGUAUAUCUGGCUGCACUUAACACUUGUUACAAGUAAGACCUGAAGCUCCAAGUUUCAGUAUAAAGAUGGGAAAACAGUUAACUAUGCGAGUGGUGGGAAAACCACACUGGAAAGGACUAAUCCUGAAUGUUUGAAAAUAUUCAUAGGGGGAAUACUUAACAUGUAGACAUUCCGUCCUUGAGAACCAUUUGACCACAGUGGGGUUAAGAAUCACGUCUGUGUUUAGUUAGAUUGCGUUGGCCUGGACUGCCCUGGUUGCAGAGCAGUGUCGGCUCUAGGGAACGUAGACCGUCACUCCUCGUGCCACAUCGGGCUCUGCACUUGUGUGCCCCCCCCCCGAAUUCGGGGUCACAUCAGCUAGGCCUGUGACCAGGAGCAGCCUGGGGCUGCAAGGCUCGGAGUUGGGCUGGAAAUGUUACUGGUUGGCCCAUCUGAAAAAGCGCUCCAUCCUGCUGAAGCACAUGGAUCUCCCUGGGACUGCACGCAAGCCUUUCCAGCCCCUGGCCUCAAACUUGUGGCAGCUUUUCAGAUGUGGAAUCUAAAAGAAACUCAGCAGGAGCUCUUUUUAGCCCGGGGUGGGCAGGUCCUCAACCCACAGAAGUGUGUGUUCAUGGUAGGAGGCCAAGUGGCGGGUGGAUGUGUGUUAACACAGAUUUCAUCUCAACCUUGAAAAUGCUGCUAUUUUGCAUUGUUGAACUGGAUUUUUUUUUUCCUAUUGAAAAGAUACUUUUGUACUUACAAAGUGGUUAUCAGUAUUUAUUUUAAAGGUGCUAGGCUUAAUUUUCUUUGUUAUUAAACUGAAAUGCUUGUCUUGUAUUCCAGUCACUGCACUGAUGUGUUUUAACAACCCACACUGAAUGUGAAAUAACUAAUGUGGGAUACUGUAACUGUUGGACUUAAGGAUUUUGUGUGUAACCCUAACAUUGAGCCAUUGAAACGUUCACUGUUCUGUGCUUUUGGGCAAAGUGUCAAUUAAAAUUAAAGUAAAAUCUUA